AUGAAAGUUUCAGCGAAGGGUGGAAAUCAAAAAGAGAACUCAGACGAGGGGAACAUUGACGAAUGCCCUCAGCAAAAAGAGGAGCAAGCAGGAGCUUCUCUCCGGCGGACGACAAGGAAGAGAACUGCUCCAAAGCCGUUUGGUAACACUGUCCCGUCUAAUGACAUUCCUCAGGGAAAAAGAGUGGGUGCCAAAGCGAAACGCGCAAAAGUGGAGAAGGCUAAGAAUGAACCAAAGUCCAAGAAAGAGCCAAAGGCUAAGAAGGAUGCGAAAACCAAGCCCACCAAAGAGCCAAAAGCCAAGAAGGAAUCGAAGCCACCAAAGAAAACGCCCAAAGAAAAGUCUGCUCCCAAAACUCAAGUUUGUAAAAAUACAGAGCCAGUUGAGCAGAAAACCCUCCAACCGAAGACGACAGCUGUUUUGGGCGACGCAUCAAAUGGGUCGAGGACCAAUCCUUCGCCGAAAAUUUCCGAGAAAGCAAAAUCUUCUGACAGCCUUCCUGAAGAAAACGCGGUUGGCGACGGCUUCGUACCAACUCCACCUGAGGUCGACCAGUCUGACAGUCCCAUCAACGCCCGGCCGGAUUCGAAUAAAGAAAACCAGCCUGAAGAUUACGAUGAUUUCGAAGAAUUCAUGGAUCAGGUCAAGACCGAGCCAGUGGACGAUUACGAGUAUCAAAUCACAAUGGAUGCGACUCAAACCCAAGUGAAUGUGAUGAUCGCCAAUAUCGCCACAGCUGCGCUUCAAGGAUUUGGAAAUCGACGAGGCACCCGCCAAAGAACAGCGAAGAAUCAAUCCGAAGAUUCUGACCCUGAAUUUACCGAAAAACAGCUUCUGAAGAGGAAGAAUCCUGUCCGAAAAGCAAGAGGAACUGGCAAGAAAGCUCUCACAAAAAGAGCGCCAAAGGGAUCCAAAGCUGCUUUGAAAAAGGAAGCACUUGGCAAGUGCGAGAUUCAGCCGUUCGUGAGCAAGCUCUUCGAAGUCCUCAACGACGAGUCGUUUGACUCGAUCAACUGGAACUCGAAAGGGGAUCAUUUUAUCAUCGAGCGCGAAGCCUUCGACCACCAGUUUUUGAAACUGUCGAAGGAGGAAAAGGCGCCAAUUCAGACGAAAGAAUUUCCUAGCUUCAUUCGUCAAUUAAAUCUUUAUGGCUUCAGAAAACGACGCGAGGAAACUGGAAGCGACCCAAAUCACUUCAGCCAUUAUGUUCACAAAGAUGGCUUCUUUAUGAAAAACCGUCCUGAUCUUUUGGUCCACAUUUUGCGCUCUGGAUCUUCUCGAGAAAAAGAAAAGCAGCUUGAAGUUGGCGAGGCUCGCAACAAACUCAUUCAAGAGCGCGGCAUUCUGGAGGGAAUGGAGCCUGCCCAUCCGCUGCCAGAUCAUAUGGAUAUGCCACCCUGUGAGGAAUUCAUUCUCCCGCCGGGGAGCUACUCUCAGCCGCAAGUGCAGCCCAUCAACUUCGCUACAAAUUCGCAGCCAACGGUGACGCUCCAAAAAAAUCAGGAUCACGCUCCAACACCAGAAGAGAGAAUGCGAGCUCUUCAGAACAACGGCUACUAUCAAAAAUCUGGAAGUGGCCAAUGGUUGAAGCUUCCUGAUUAUGACAGAGUCCAGCAACAGAGUUCAAUGAUGCGAACGGGCGAUUGGAUCAACACCCAGCCUGGAACUUCCGCUGAGCAAAACGGCUUCCAGAGUCCACCUCCAAUCCAGUAUGACAUCACUAACAUGAGCCCGACCUACACUGGCCAGUUGAAUGUCCCAAUGCCGUCCAUGUCUCCAAUGCCCCUUCCCGCUGGACUUCGAAGCCCAACAAACAACCAAGGAACAAACUUCUCCACCUAUGGCACCAAUCAGAUACCUCAGUCUAAAACGCCGGCGCCAAUUCAGGGACUCUCCGACAUUCAAGCCUGGCUCGACGAAAUUCCUGACAAAAACCCCGACAACGGAGCAACAAGCUUCUCCAACAACAGGCAAAAGCUGAACAGCGUGAAUUCUCAAAACGAGCAGCUCAACUUCUGA